UGAAACUUAACGGUUGGCAUUCUGGACGCAACUGAAAAUCACCAUAAAAUCUCAAAGAGAACAAACGCAUUCCGUUCCGUUUUUUUUUUUUUUUUAAUUUAAAAUUAAAACAUUUUUUUCUUCAAUUUUCCACGGUAAAAUUUAAGUCCAUUAGUGUGAAUCAUUGUAGCGUGAAUAUUUGCCAAAUAAAUAACGAAUAUCGGUUUUCCAUUCAGUUAUUAUAAAAGCGCAACAUUAAGAUAAAGGGUUGACAAAUUGUCUCGCAAAAGUGCAUCAUCAUCUGUGUUACAUUUAAUUUGUGGUGUGUUAAACGAAUGUGUCCAAAUUUCGUGUGAAUAUCAAUCACGAAUGAAUUACAAAAAUACACACGGUUUCAUUUUACAAAUUCAAUUUCGGACGUUUUUAGCACAGAUCUAGACACAGAUUUAAGCAAUCAACAACACAAAAAAAAAAAAUUAUCGAUUUUUAUCGCUUUAAGGUUUCUAUAUUAUUGCAUCUGCCAUUUGUUGGCAAAAAGUUUAUUUGAUUCGUGCUAGCCUAAAAUUCUGCCCAAGUAUUACCCAUGUCCAUUGCUCGCAGAUCAUUAAACAAAGAGAUAUAAACUGUGUUCGAGUCGUAAAAUUUAGAAGCACGUGUCUUAAAGUCAUAUGUAAAUGAACUAAAGUGGUGCUGCAAUAGAAAAAAAAAACAGAAGGCAUUAAGCUCUUUCGUAUUACAAACCAGUCAGCCACACUAGCAGGAAUUGAGUUUAAAAUUGAAAAAAAAAGCGAAUUUGAAUUGUGUGUAAAAUAAAGAUCAACAAAAAUGAGUAUUGCAAAGCGUAUGUUCGUGCUUAUGUUAGCAGUAGAAAUGAUCAUUCUGGUGAUUGCAAAAGAAUCACUCGAUCCGAAUAUCCAUGAGUGUGGCGAUGAAAGAAAUCGACACGUUGGCACGUUCACCAUUUAUGAUUAUUCAAUAGUGUUGGGAAUGCUUGUGAUUUCAUUGGGCAUUGGAGUGUUUUAUGGAUUCUUCAGCGGAACCGAGAAUACAUCGGCUGAUUUUCUUCAUGGCACCGAAAUGAGCCUGUUGCCAGUGUCAUUGAGUUUAACAACCAGCUUCAUUACAGCCAUCGAAUUGCUUGGAAAUCCGUCCGAAAUCGUUUUCAAUGGCACUCAAUUUGCGCUAAUAGUUAUAUCGAUUUUUAUGGUCAUUCCGGUUGCCAUCAAAAUCUACUAUCCCAUUUAUUUUAAGUUGCAAUUGACCAGUUGCUAUGAGUACUUGGGCAUUCGCUUUGGCAAGAAUAUUCGCAUUUUUGGUGCCCUUUUGUAUAUCAUUCAGAUGCUAUUUUACACAGCAGUUUCCGUUUAUGCACCAGCCAUUGCACUGAAUAAAGCCACCGGAUUGAAUACACGAGUUGCUGUCUUUCUUAUUUACUUAGUUUGCAUUUUCUAUGCAUCACAAGGCGGUAUGAAAGCAGUCGUUAUUGCAGACACUUUUCAAGCAUGUGUACUUGCAUUCUCAUUGGCAUUAGUAGUCGGCCUGGGCUUUGUUUAUACGGGCGGUUUUAUGGAUAUAUGGACGGUAGCCGAUGAAGGAAAACGUCUGGAAUUUUUUAAUUUGGAUCCAAAUCCAGUAACGCGGCACACUGUAUUUUCAGUUGUGAUUGGUGGUUUCUUCUAUUGGGUGUCACUUUUAUGUACAAAUCAAGCGUCCGUUCAGAAGUGUAUGUCACUUAGAUGCGAGAAGAAAGCAAAUAAAGCACUAACCCUCUCAAUCAUUGGUCUUGUUCUUAUAUUUAUUGUGAACUUUUACACGGGUCUCACUCUCUACGCGCAUUACAAAGAUUGCAGUCCCUUGAAAUCUGGUCAGAUCGGAGCCAAAGAUGAGCUGCUACCAUUUUACAUUAUGGACGUUUUCCAUGACAUCCGAUUCGUGAAUGGAUUUUUUGUGGCCGGAAUCUUCGCUGCCAGUUUGGGAACUGUUGCAUCAGCACUAAAUUCGUUGGCGGCCGUUACAAGCGAAGAUAUUGUGGGCACGGGUUUAAAUAUAAAAAUAAAACCGGAAAAAGGUGCCGUUUAUGCAAAGUGGAUGUCAUUGGGAUAUGGAAUUUUAUCAUUUUUGCUGGUAUUUGUGGUUGAACAAUUAGGAGGAAUUUUACAAGUCACUCUUACAUUGAAUGGCCUCAUUGGGGGCGUCACACUUGGAUUGUUUUCACUCGGCGUUUUCUUCAAAAGUGCCAAUACUAAGGGAGCUUUGUAUGGCGGUAUAAUUUCAUUGAUUCUUGUCGUUUACAUUGGAAUAAUGGCACUCUUACAAAAUGCUGAAGUGGAACCAUUGGAAUUAUCAUUGAAUACAUGCGAUUGUUUUGUUUCUAAUUCAACCACACACCAAAAUGUGCCUCAGCAAAAUACCGGCACAAGUUUAUACAGUCCAGCGAUAUUUCGUAUAAGUUAUAUGUGGUAUUCGUUCCUUGGAACUGUCCUGACCAUUUUACUCGGUCUUUUAAUAUCAACAAUAACAGAAAAGAUGACUAAAUCAAAAGUGAUGUCAAUAGUUGAACAUAAUAAUGAAAAAAUUCUCAAAAUUAAAGGUGAACCAACGAUAUUCACGGUUGAAUCGUAUCGUCGUAAAUCGCAAAUACAUCAAAUUCAAUUGCACGGAAUAGACAAUGUUACAUUGAAGAUCGAAGAAUAGAUGGAUUUUUAUGCUAUUAGCAUAAAACGUAAAAUGGUACAAACGUUUAUAAUAAAAAUUAGAUAGACAUUGACUUAAAUUUAGAACAUAAGUGUAUUAGAUUAUUAUUAAUAUUAAACAUAAAAUACAAUAGAAAAGGGAAUGCACAAUCAAUAGAUAAAUUUAUGGAAUCAUAUCCGUAUAUAGUUCCGUGCGGAAUGCUAUUCUGCCAAAAAAUACUCAAUAUAACACCAAUGUGCAUAGGUAUUAAGGAAUCGUAUGCAAUUAGUCAAAAGAGAUUGCUAAAACAACUCGAUUUAUUAUAUUAAUAAAAACGAAACAAAUUUUAAGAAACAAAAGAA